UCAGUGAAAAUUCCGAGAACAAUUAAUGAAAUGUAAAAUGAUGGAUUAAGAAAGCUACAUUCUAACAUUAAAAAUGAAUAAGAACACUCAUCUAAUGAAUCAAACCGACUGCAACUUUCAAUUGAAUCCAUAAUUGAUAUACAACGAUCUCACAGAUGAUAAUUCCACCGAAUUUAGCUCUAAUUCAUUCAACGAUAUCAGCCUUUUGGGUAAAACCAAGGGAGAGAGAUGACCUGUUUAGCGGCACCAAGGCCACGAAGACCGCCGAGCUUUCCUUGUAGGCUUGUGGCUGCUUAAAGAGAUUGGCAGCGGCUUGGAAAUUGCCUAUCGAAAGCUCUUAGUCCGCUCUUUUCCGUGUUGUUAAAUCAGCUUCCCUUCCAUUUCUGUUCCAAGGUUAGAGCUCACCGCCAAGUUCAUUCUUUUUCUGUGCAAAAAUUCCUUUAGGUUCUCCAGAAAGAUUCGAAACGCCGUCGUAACAAUGAAACAUGUCGAAGUUCGUUUGAGGUCCACAUAUGACAGAUUAACAUAAUUUUUCUCAGAAUUUGGCUCAUUAAUCAAUUUUUGUUUGCUCCUCUGAGGUGAGCUUCUCUCAGUUGAAUGGACGUCUAAAGGCCAGAGCUUUCUCAUUUGCUACCGCAAAUAAUUAUUAUUUGUUAGCUCAUCUGAAAUUAGAGUAGUCUCUGAAGGACAAGUGUUAUAGCAAGAGCUACGGAACUAAGCAAGGGAAUGAGAGGUCGGCUCUUGCUUUAGUCAAGGAUUUGCUAGGAAAGCACGGUAGCCUUCGGUGUUUCUGGAGUAGCUCGUCUGCUUGUUAAGCAAUCUGACUAGCUCAAUUUUUGUUUCAGGCUGAUACCCUUUUGGAUAUGUGGGCUUCUUACGAAGAGGGAAUUAGUUAUGCAGGUGCCUCAAAGGAAUUGAAACCGAGUGGAGGAUGAAAAUCUUGGUUCAAUUGGACGGAAUUUGCAGGAUGGAUGUAUUUGGUUUUAGUCUGCAACAGAUCUUUCGUAAAUCCCUAUCCAACGGAUCUAUUUCAUAACGUCAUUAUGUGAUUGUCUCUCUCACUGCUUAUUUAAUAUUUUCUGAUAACACCUUUCCGGCCGACAGCCAUAAAACACUGUAUUAGAGCUUUUCGUUAAUAACGUUAAGUUUUGGAUGAACUUUAUAAUUUAAGAACUCCGAGAUGAGACUCUGUAGUUUUCCCCAACUUAGGCGGAAACUCACAAUUUACUUUGUAUGAAAGUAACCCAAGUCAAACGCCGUUCGCAAGCUAACUUCACCAACGAAAAAAGACUGACGAAACUGAAUACUCGCCUACACAUCUUCAACUCCCUCUCUUUAAAACAAGGUAAAGCAUGGAUUUUCCCUGGGUUCUCAUAAUCUACGGCCUCAUCACGGCCUUAGUUGUCGUAUCUUUCCUCUGUGGCCAAUGGCCCAUCUUUCAAGGCACCCCCAUUGAAUGCAUCCAUCGGUUUCUCACUUUUGGCGCCUACGAUUACCUUCUCCGGUUUGUUGGGUUUGUGUGUGGGGAGAAGGGCACUAAUGCGAUUCUUUCUGUUGAGUAUUUUUGUUGCAAUCGGCCUAACCCGAUUUUACAGAUAAUUUAUUUGGCAAUAAUUGCUGGGACUUACUAUUUUAUUGCAAAGUCAUGCUUUAGCUAUAUUCCUGGAUAUUAUUUGAGUGGAAUUCACAGGUACACAAGCUUGUUGGGAGUUGUUGUCGGGGUUAUACUUUUCCUGUUGACUAGCUUUACUGAUGCAGGAACUGUGAAUGCAGAGAAUGUUUCACAGUAUCUCUCUGCUUAUCCCUAUGACAAUAUUAUAUUCACAGAGAAAGAAUGUUCAACUUGUAAAAUUCCAAAGCCUGCUAGGUCCAAACACUGCAGCAUAUGUGGUCGGUGUGUUGCUCGAUUUGACCACCAUUGUGGAUGGAUGAAUAAUUGUAUAGGGGAGAGAAAUACCCGAUACUUCUGGGCUUUUCUUUUAUGGCAUUUUCUUCUUUGUCUAUAUGGAACCAUUGUGAUUGGAUUGGUUCUUGCUGGACGAUUGAAGGAAUUAAGAGUUGUAUAUAUUCUAACAGUUUAUUAUGGCAUAGACAAUUCUUUUUACAGCUUAGCUCCACAUGUUGUACAGUGGCUGUUGGGCUCAUAUAACACACAGGUACUACUUAUGGUGUUUCUUGCCAUUGUUUCUCUCCUACUAGCGGGUUUUUUUGGGUAUCAUGCCAACCUUUGUCGCACAAAUACAACAACAAAUGAGAUCUUCAAGUGGCAAGAUUACAUACACCGGCAGAGAAAGUUAAAUGAAGCAAGGGCAAGUGCUGAAGCACUAAAAUCAAGUAUUGUUGGAAUGAGCAGUGAAAGCAAGCCUCCAGAGAGCAAGUGGAAAGCUUUCUUUCAACGUUCCCCUCUAGAAGAUGCUGAGGUUGUCAUUAAGAAUAACAACUAUGAUGAAGGAUUUUUUCACAAUAUUUGGGAGGUCAUAUAUCCCCUAUCAACAAGACGGUCAUUUUCACAGAGAAAAUCAAAGUCUAUCUGAGAUUGUAGUAAAUGGUAUGCACACUAGGCUAUCGGUGCAAGUUUUUAUGCAUUGUCCCAUCAGUAGUUUCAUGGCAAGUAACUUGUUCUUCUAAUGUGAUUCAUGAAUGCUCUCUGAUAGCUUCAAGGGGAGUAUUCGGUGAUAUUGUAGAGCCUUGUAUGCCCUUAUUAUUCAUCAAUAGUGAAAGCUUGAGGGUAUUCUGUUGUGCAGA